AUGUGGAAGAAAGGGGAAUUAGUGUGGGUGACCUUAAAUCCUUCAGAAUCAUGGAUUCCGGGUCGGAUUCAGGAUCCAUCAAACACUUUAGGAGUUCUGAUUUCGUUCUUCGGCCUAAUGGAACCGCGAUACGUACCCAAACCUUGUCUCCGAAGCUUCGAUCGCGAUUUCGGAGCUCUGGUUGCGGAUUCAUGGAGGUUUCGCCGGUUUGUGAACCGAGCUCUGCGAGCCCACUUUUGGAACAUCUCGUUUGGGCUAUGGUGUUCAUGCCAGCCGCCGAUCGAUUCGCCGCACUUCGACGAAGAAAAGUCUCUCCCUUGGUUUCCUCUAACUUCGGAUCCAGCUCUGGGUUACGUUCGAGAUAUGGCUAUUUCGCUACGAGUGCCUCUCCGGAGAUUAGCUGAGACCAACAGCUCGACCGCUCAAAUCCUUAGCUUCCGGCGUUACACUGUUGAUUUUAACCGCUCGGAGUCUGUCUAUGAAGAAAUUAGAGAAAGUGCAAAGCUAAUGGAUACCUCAGAAGAAUCAGAUUGGUAUCUCGAGACGUCGGAUGCAGACGUCGAAAACAGUAGAGUUAUGAGUCUUGGAGAUCCAUUGCCGAAGGAUAUCCCUUGUUGUUCUUCUCCUUCUUUUGAGCAGCCAUUCGAUAAAGCAAUUCAGAUUUGCACAUGGAGUAGUAAUAGGAACCUUUUAACCAACUCUGGUUCUAGCGUUAUGAAAGCUUGUGGAACCACGGUUCGAACAUCUGAUCACGAGGAUGAUUGCCACUCGUCAAAGAGCAGAGAACAACGGUGUGAAGUUGAGCAGAGUAUCUGCUUGCUGAAUUCAGAACCUCUUAUGGAAGAUCUAAUAGAGGAAGACACCACUAACGCUGUGAACCCAAGAGUUGCGGUAUCAGAAGUACCUCGUGAUGUAAUUAUGACUGAAACUCAUGAUGACUGCAUUGUUGAUGCGAGUAAAGACAAGGCUUUUCUGGCAAAGCCUGUUUCUUUUGCUGUCCCCAAAGCCUGCAAGAGUCUAGCAUCUUCAGUGAAAGAAGCACAUUCUAACCCAAGAAACAAGCUUGUUGGCUCUAUGAUCAGUACCCAGACUUUGGAUGAGGAAUCGUCAGAUAAGAACAGUUUUAAUGGAACACGUGAGAACUGCUUUGACAAUGCAUUGAAGUCGCAAAUUGUGGAAGUAGGAAACAAAGAACUCCGUUCUGAUGAUCUAGGCACUGCACCUGCAGAACAGUUACAAGAUUUGGAAGCUGCCGCAUCUGUUGAAAGCCAGACGAGAGCUGAUGAUAAUGUCAAAUCCAUUGGGAUCAAAAGGAAAGCUAGUCGAGACAAAGCAUCUACACGUAACUCCAAGAGAAAGAAGAAAGCAGGCCAGCAAUCUGUUACCACUGAUAAACCGCUGGAUCUACACCUUAAGAAAGAUAUGCGGCUUGCUGAUCCAAAAUGUUUGCGGAUGAAGUUCUUGGGCAGACAUGUGAAUCUCCCAUCAAAAUCAGAACUGUUGAAGAGAUUCAGCGUGUUUGGGAAAAUAGACGCUUCAAGAACUGAUGUAAACCCAGGGGAAAGCUCUGCGAAAGUUGUAUUUCUGCAGAGCAUAGAUGCAGUGACGGCUUAUCAGUUUGCAAGGGGCAAAAAGUUUAAGCUAGGACGGUCUAAGGUAGUGUAUCGGCUCGACGCCUUUGAGCAAGACAAUGAAGUAAACAAAGACAAUGCAGUAAACCAAGUUCCUGUGUCUGAGAAGCCUCAAAUGUCCGUUCCAUCACCAAGAUCAUGUCUCAAGAAACAUGGUUCCGUAGAUAAAGAAGAGGGAAGAAGCCCUCAGAAGGUGAAAUUUCAAAUGGAGACUAACUGA